CCCUCUCCCCUUCCUCCUCUCCUCUCCGCUCCCCCACUCCCCCCUCUUCCCUCCCUUUUCCUCCCUCCCCACCCCUGUCUUUCUCUCUCUGAUUCAGGGCAGAAACAGCGGUCUAAGACCUAAGAAAAGAAGAGAAAAAAACCCACCCUGUCAGCCCCUUUCCUCUCUCCAGCAAACCCUCCUGAAUCGAGUGCACAGAUCUAGGAUGAUGCAUCUGUAAAAUCAGCCCCAAGCAGGCAAGUGGGACAGUGUGGAGACACUUGUGAAAGGAUUGAGGUAAUGGCCGCAGAGGGCGAUCCCCCAGUCCAAUUCAAGCUUGUCCUCGUGGGCGAUGGUGGUACUGGGAAGACAGCGUUUGUGAAACGCCACUUGACUGGUGAAUUUGAAAAGAAGUAUGUGGCCACUCUGGGCGUAGAGGUACAUCCUCUGAUGUUCCACACCAGCAGAGGGCCCAUCAAGUUUAACGUCUGGGACACUGCUGGCCAGGAAAAGUUUGGGGGCCUGCGAGACGGCUAUUACAUCCAAGCCCAGGGUGCCAUUAUAAUGUUCGAUGUAACAUCAAGAAUUACUUACAAAAAUGUGCCCAACUGGCAUAGGGAUCUGGUACGGGUGUGUGAAAACAUCCCCAUUGUGCUGUGUGGUAACAAAGUAGAUGUUAAAGACAGAAAAGUGAAGGCGAAGUCUAUUGUCUUCCACCGCAAGAAGAACCUUCAGUAUUACGACAUUUCAGCCAAAAGCAACUACAACUUUGAGAAACCCUUCCUCUGGCUCUCCAGAAGACUCACUGGAGACUCUAACUUGGAGUUCGUUGCCAUGCCGGCUCUAGCCCCACCUGAGGUGGUCAUGGACCCAGCCUUAGCAAAGAAAUACGAGCAUGACUUGGAAGUGGCACAGGCCACUGCUCUCCCCGAUGAGGAUGAUGACUUAUGAGAAAGUGAGGCUUGGGUGGCAUCACAAGCCUAAGCGUACAGGCAACUGCGCUGUAAUGUCACCUGUGUGUCCUGUGUGUCAUCUUGCUACCUAACUACGCAGACUCAGACUCCGUGUCAGUGGUAGCCAAACAGAAGGCUUCGGGGUGAAGCCUUCGGACUGUGGCAGUUACAAACACACCUUCCAUCUGGGAUUUGCAGGUUUAGCUGUUUGUUUCUUCCCUGAGGUUCAAAACUAAGGGUCCUGCAGUUACAACCUGUGUCCUGUGGCAAAAUCUUGGCACUGUAAUUUCAUCCCUUUUGCUUAAAAUAAAGUAGCUUUUCAAACACCAAAA